AUGACUAAAGAUCGAUUGCCCGCUCUGCGGGCUGCCCAAAAUACUGAAGACAGUGAUCCAGAUGCCGCCUACGUCGCACUUAAUAUGGAAGAUAAUAGUCGAUUUAUGUCCGAUUUUUUUGCUCAUGUUGAUUCACUACGUACAAAUAUAGAUAAAAUAAGUGAACUAGUUGAUGAAGUUAAACGUCUUCAUUCAACAAUAUUAGCUGCACCGCAAGCCGAUGAUCGUACAAAAGAAGAACUAGAAGAGAAAAUGGCUGAUAUAAAAAAAUUAGCUAAUGACGUUCGGCAACGAUUAAAAACUAUGGAAACUGAAAUAGAACAGGAAGGAAAUGAAAAUGCAUGGCGUACAGCCGAUAUGCAAAUGGAAGAUGACCAAGAGCAGCCAUCACAAAGUAACAUUCAAGCAUUACCAAGAAUGCAAAAAGCACAGCUAUUUGUUUUAUCGAAAAACUUUCGUGAUGUUAUGGACGAAUACAAUCAAGUACAAGUGGGUUAUCGAGAUAAAUGCAAAGGGAGAAUACAGCGGCAGCUUGAGAUCACCGGAAGAUCAGUAACUGAUGGUGAAGUCGAAGAAAUGCUCGAGUCUGGAAAUCCAGCUGUAUUCACACAAGGCAUAAUGGUUGAAACAGCCCAAGCUAAACAAUCACUGGCUGAUAUCGAAGCACGACAUGGUGAUAUUAUUAAAUUAGAAAAAAGUAUUAAAGAAUUACACGAUAUGUUCAUUGAUAUGGCUGCUUUGGUUCAAACACAAGGUGAAAUGAUUGAUCGUAUUGAAUUUAAUGUAGUUCAAUCCGAAAAUUUUGUCAAAACUGCAAAUACAGAUACAAAGAAAGCAGUCAAAUUUCAGAGUGCAGCUCGACGGAAAUGUAUUAUCAUUGUCUGCAUCGUUGUCACAGUUCUCAUCAUCGUGGCAAUCAUUAUAGCAGCUACUGUGCCGAAAAAAAAAUAA